UAUACACAUUUAAACCUUCAGUCUGUCUGCGGUUUCCAACACUUCCUAUACAUGCUGCACAGCCAAAGUCAAUCUCCACCAGUCCAUACUAACACAGAGUCAACAGGAGGAGGAGGACACCACUAGAGCAACAGGCAUGUCAGGCAUGGACAACAUGGACCGAGGUUUCUUCCGGAAGGUAGACGUGCCAGACCAAGCUCAUUACAUCGUGGCCUGCUUCGUUGUGGUGAUCGGAGCAGUGGGGGUCGGUGGGAACGCCCUGGUGAUGUACGCCUUCUUCAGUAACAAGAAGCUCCGGACUCCUCCCAACUAUUUCAUCAUGAAUCUGGCAGUGAGUGACUUCCUCAUGGCCAUCACACAGUCCCCUAUCUUCUUUGUCAACUGUCUCUACAAGGAGUGGGUUUUUGGAGAAACAGGGUGUAAGAUGUACGCCUUCUGUGGGGCCUUAUUUGGGAUCACCUCCAUGAUCAACCUGCUGGCUAUCUCCAUUGACCGCUACAUCGUCAUCACCAAGCCCCUACAGGCCCUCCACUGGACCUCUAAACGCCGCACUUCCGUUGUCAUCGUCAUUGUCUGGCUCUACUCGCUGUCCUGGAGCCUGGCGCCUCUCCUUGGCUGGAGUUCUUAUAUCCCUGAGGGCCUGAUGACCUCCUGUACGUGGGAUUAUGUGACCUCCACACCAGCCAAUAGGAGUUACACUCUGAUGCUAUGCAUCUUUGUGUUCUUCAUCCCACUGGGCAUCAUCUCCUACUGCUACCUCUGCAUGUUCCUGGCCAUACGCACUGCCAGUAGAGACAUGGAGAAACUGGGCAGUCAGGUGAGGAAGUCCACCCUCAUCCAGCAGCAGUCCAUCAAGACAGAGUGGAAGCUGGCCAAGAUCGCCUUUGUGGUCAUCAUCGUCUAUGUGAUGUCCUGGUCUCCCUACGCCUGCGUCACCCUCAUCGCCUGGGCUGGCUAUGGACGUGCCCUCAGCCCCUACUCCAAGGCCGUCCCUGCUGUCAUUGCCAAAGCCUCAGCCAUCUAUAACCCUUUCAUCUAUGCCAUCAUCCACUCUAAGUACAGAGACACUCUGGCAGAGAAGGUUCCCUGUCUGCACUUCCUGGCCCAACCCCACAGGAAUGGCUGUAUCUCUAUGUCCAACAGCGAGUCCUCCUUCAGGGACCCUAUGCUCAGCAGACAGUCCUCCACCUCCAAGACCAAGUUCCAUAAAGUGUCCUCCAUGUCCACCAGAGACACACAGGUGUGGAGCGACGUGGAGCUGGACCCCUUCGACCAGCAGAACCAGACUCUGAGAAUCAGCCACUCCUCUGGAGCUCUGAGAGUGAAGGAGUGCAGACAGUCAGCCCAGCAGCAGGCAGAAAAAGGCUGCCGUCCCCGAGAGGGGCUCACUGAGCAGCUGUGACCACGACCUGGUGUCUGAAUCUGUGACCAGGGAGGAGGCUGGGGAGGGGUGGCAGGAGGAGGAGAAGACCCAGGAGAGAGCCCCGCCAGUCAGCUCAGGAG